CCACCUUUCUGUGGUCAUUCCCAGAGUUUAAACGGGUCUUAGCUUUGUAUCUAUACCAUUUCUUCGAUUCCCUGCCAUCUUACCUCUCAGCUGGAAUUAUGAGUUCCAACACCUUCAAGCAAGCCGCCGAAGCAGCACGAUCCAAGACGUCCGCCAUGAAUAAACAAAGCUCGGAGGCAGUUUCUGCCGUAAAAAACGAUUUCUUACACACACCUGUUAUGCGGGCUGCCCUUCCCUUUAUUAACGGCGGCAUUUCUGGAAUGGUUGCGACCAUUGUUAUCCAGCCCAUAGACAUGAUCAAGGUCAGAUUGCAACUCGCUGGCGAGGGUGGUACUACUGGACCAAGGCCUUCUCCAUUAUCCGUCACGAAGGACAUUAUUGCACAAGGCAAGGCUCUUGACUUAUACACUGGUCUUUCAGCUGGUCUCCUUCGCCAGGCAGUGUAUACUACAGCGAGACUGGGCUUCUUCGACACGUUUCUAAAGGGCCUAUCAGCACGUGCCAAGGCGAAGGGUAGAGACGUUACCUUUGUUGAACGAGCGAGUGCUGGCCUCGCGGCCGGUGGAAUAGCGGCCUUUAUCGGAAACCCUGCCGAUCUCGCGCUUAUUCGAAUGCAAUCGGAUGGUCUCAAGCCUGUCGCGGAACGGAAGAACUACAAAUCAGUUAUUGAUGCGUUAUCGUCGAUCGUCAAAUCCGAAGGCGUCACCGCUUUAUGGUCCGGUGCGACACCGACGGUAGCACGGGCUAUGGCACUUAACGUGGGUCAACUGGCAUUCUUUUCAGAGGCUAAGGCGCAGCUCAAAGCGCACACCCAGUGGUCGCCUCUGUCGCAAACACUAACGGCCAGUGCUAUCGCGGGAUUUUUUGCUUCAUUCCUUAGUCUGCCCUUUGACUUCGUAAAGACGAGAUUGCAGAAGCAGCACCGCGGUCCGGAUGGCAAACUUCCAUAUCGAAGCAUGACAGACUGCUUCAUCAAGGUGGCCAAACAGGAAGGUCUCACACGCUUUUACCGUGGAUUCGGUACCUACUACAUGCGCAUCGCGCCUCACGCCAUGGUGACCUUAAUUGUUGUGGAUUAUCUUGGUUGGUUGACGCAAUAAUUUGUCAGCCUCGGGUAUUGAUUUACCCCAUCUUUUGUGUUAUCUUGGAGCUCACUUAAAUAAAUGUCUAUGUGUAUCUAGGUAGAAAAAUUGACUCGGGGCGUCUAGCGGUUAUCAUGGGAAAGCAUUAUCAACGUCAUUUACGGGGAAAUGAGGAAAAUACCAUUCGUACAUAAUCA